AUGCCGCGUCUCRUCCGCAAAACGCCUUUGAUUGAGCGCAUCAAAGCCUGGCUCGAUCCCUACGAUUUCCUACUCUGGAUUGCGGAGGAAAUCAAUGAUGAUGCAUAUGAUGAGUGGCUGAAACUGUGGGCAACACCGAUUGGAUUGGGGUUGAAUGUGAUUUUCAUCCUCGCGCGGGGAUCCAGUGUGUCGGGUAGAGGAAGGGGUGGUGGGGAUGAUGUCUUUGGGGAUGGCGGAGAUAUGGGCAGUGGCUGGUUGGCUUGGGUGUGUUCCUUUGCCAUUCAACUCCUCACCCUCGUGUGUCUCGUCAACACUCUCUACGUCUUCUUUCGCCUGCGAAGCUAUCGUCUGUUCGAGCAACCGGUAGACAUUCCCCCGGGAACCCGCUCGGCGCAUCGAGUGCGGGUGGAUAGCUCGCCUGCUUCCUCGUCGCCGCUGCGAUAUCUCCACAAUGUCAUCACCUCCGCCACCGCAUCCGCCCGCGCCUACCCCGAUGCGGAGAGGGAGGUGUGGGAGAUUAAUGUGUGGGAUCCCAAGCCCUUCAACCUCUCCAUCUUCACCCUCUUCUCGCCUGGACAUGUGCUGGUCUACUGCCUCCUCUUACCUCCAACCAAGAUGGAUCAAAGACCUUCCGUCACCGUCGCCACCGCCAUUGCCUUUGCGGCACUGCUCACUCUUCAACUGUGGYUGUUACAAUCAUCCUUUUCCCAGCAGUCCAAAGACACGGCUCUGGUGCAUGGAGAAGUCAUGAACGAGUACGAUACCAAAUACGUCCGACCCAAUCUCAACCACCCGGUUCGCGAUGUUGGAAUCCAGACUCGCGAGAGUGCCAUGACUCCCCGCGGUACCAAGACGAGAGAAGUCGACAUUUACACCCCGACCACCAUCAUCAAACGCGCUUUCAAGACCAACCCCAACACCAACUAUGCAAGCCAAUACGAUCCGGAUAACCUCGCAUCGAAGCCAUCGAGGCCAUCAUCGWCAAGACGAGAAUCAAGUUUUCCAGGACCAUCAGGUUUCACGCCUGAGCCCACCUUUGCAGACACUCCUUCAAAAGGCUACACGAAUGCCUACACGCAGUCUGCACUUUCCCGACCCGUCACUACGGACCUGACAUCUCCCCUCAAAUCCCAUCACGAGAGAUUACGCGAACGUAGUCCGACGAAAGGCGAUGGGGGAAGUUUGGGCGUGUAUUCCCACGCCGCCAGUCCGUUGCGAAAGGUUGCUAGCAGCAAUCAACUUUUGCGAGGACGUGAGUCACGGGGAGGAGGAGCAUCGGGGUUAGGGACGCCUUUGAAGAGGACCGGUACGUCUGGAAUCAUACCUCUGGAAGACGCGCGGCGAAGGAGGGAGACUGGUAGAUUUUAG